AUGGAGAAGACAGGUGGAAGAGGCGACUUCGAAUGGGUCUAUAACGACCAGCCUCACACGUCGAGGAGGAAAGAGAUACUUGCCAAGUACCCUGAGAUCAAGUCCCUGAUGGGUCCAGACCCCCACCUGAAGUGGGUGGUGUCGGGCAUGGUGCUGUCCCAGUUCCUGGCCUGCUACCUGGUGCGCGAUCUCCCGUGGAAGUGGAUCUUGUUUUGGGCGUACGCGUUCGGCGGCUGCGUCAACCACUCGCUGACGCUGGCCAUCCACGACAUUUCGCACAACGUGGCUUUCGGCAACAAGCUGGCCAAGUGGAACCGCUGGUUCGCCAUGUGGGCCAACCUGCCCAUCGGCGUGCCUUACUCGGCCUCCUUUAAGAAGUACCACAUCGACCACCACCGUUAUCUGGGGGGAGACAAACUGGACGUGGACAUUCCUACGGACCUGGAGGGCUGGUUCUUCUGCACCCCGACAAGGAAGCUGGUGUGGCUCUUCCUGCAGCCCUUCUUCUACACCCUACGCCCGCUGCUGGUCAACCCCAAACCCGUUUGCAAGCUGGAAAUCCAGAACUUUGCCGUCCAGCUGGCGGCGGACGCCGUCAUCUACUAUCUGUGGGGCCUCAAGCCGGUGGUUUACCUCGUCGCGGGGUCCAUCUUGUGUAUGGGACUGCACCCGAUAUCUGGACAUUUCAUAGCUGAGCAUUACAUGUUCAUGAAGGGACACGAGACGUAUUCCUACUACGGAGCGCUCAACUUGAUCACCUUCAAUGUCGGCUAUCACAUGGAGCACCACGAUUUCCCAAGUAUACCUGGCAGUAAGUUACCUCAGGUGAAACAGAUCGCGGCCGAGUACUACGACUCGCUUCCUCAGCACACGUCGUGGAUGCGAGUCCUGUGGGACUUCGUGUUUGACGACAGCAUCGGCCCCUACGCCCGAGUCAAGCGCGAGUACAAGCUGAGCAAGACUGAUUAG